AUGAUCACAUGGCACGACCUCUACACGGUUCUCACGGCAGUGAUACCACUCUACGUAGCUAUGAUCCUCGCUUACGGCUCUGUACGGUGGUGGAAAAUCUUCUCACCUGACCAAUGCUCCGGUAUAAACCGUUUUGUCGCCAUUUUCGCCGUCCCUCUCCUCUCUUUCCACUUCAUCUCCACCAACAAUCCUUACUCCAUGAACCUCCGUUUCAUCGCCGCCGAUACACUCCAAAAACUAAUCAUGCUCUCUCUUUUAACAAUCUGGGCUAACUUCACUCGCUCCGGUAACCUCGAAUGGAGCAUAACAAUCUUUUCUCUUUCAACACUUCCAAACACACUCGUUAUGGGAAUCCCUCUCUUGAUCGCCAUGUACGGCGAAUACUCCGGCUCGCUUAUGGUCCAGAUCGUUGUUCUUCAGUGUAUAAUCUGGUACACUCUUCUUCUCUUUCUCUUCGAGUAUCGUGGAGCUAAGAUUCUGAUCAUGGAACAGUUCCCUGAGACUGGUGCUUCGAUUGUCUCUUUCAAAGUCGAAUCCGACGUCGUUUCGUUAGACGGUCAUGAUUUUCUCGAGACCGAUGCUGAGAUCGGACAAGAUGGGAAGCUUCAUGUUACUGUAAGGAAAUCAAACGCUUCAAGAAGAUCUUUGUGUGGUGGUGGUACGAAUAUGAUGAUGACGACUCCUCGUCCGUCGAAUCUUAGUGGAGCUGAGAUUUACAGUCUUAACACAACUCCGAGAGGUUCUAAUUUUAAUCAUUCAGAUUUCUACUCGAUGAUGGGUUUUCCCGGUGGUCGUCUCUCGAAUUUUGGUCCGGCGGAUAUGUAUUCCGUUCAGUCUUCGAGAGGACCAACUCCGAGACCUUCGAAUUUCGACGAGAAUUGUGGUGCUUCUUCGCCUAGAUUCGGGUAUUACCCGGGUCAAACCGGGUCGUACCUGGCUCCCAACCCGGAAUUUUCAUCAAAAACCGGUGGCAAGAACCAUACCGGUGGGAGGUCGAACAGUCAUGAUGCUAAGGAGCUUCAUAUGUUCGUGUGGGGAUCAAACGGGUCACCCGUUUCGGAUCGGGCGGGUCUUCAAGUAUUCGGUGGAGGAGCUGAUAUUAAUGGAACCAAUGAACAAGCUGGAAAAUCCGACCAAGGAGCAAAAGAGAUUCGAAUGUUGGUCUCUGAUCCGACGAACAGUGAAUUUGGAGGCGAAGAAGAGUCGGAGAGAGUGAAGGAAGGAACAAACGGGUUACACAAGCUACGGUGUAACUCCACGGCGGAGCUAAACCCUAAAGAAGCCAUCGAGACCGGACCGGGAAAACAUAUGCCGCCGGCGAGUGUGAUGACGAGGUGGAAUGUGGCAAUGCCUAAAAUCAUACAACAAUCAAUCUCAAUUUUAUCUGACGCUGGUCUUGGUAUGGCAAUGUUCAGUUUGGGAUUGUUCAUGGCAUUGCAACCCAAAUUAAUCGCUUGCGGAAAUUCCACGGCAACAUUCGCAAUGGCGGUGAGGUUUUUCACAGGACCAGCCGUGAUGGCUGUUGCAUCCAUGGCUAUUGGAUUACGCGGAGAUCUAUUACGCGUGGCCAUAGUUCAAGCUGCGUUACCUCAAGGAAUCGUACCAUUUGUGUUUGCAAAGGAAUACAAUGUUCAUCCCGCAAUCUUGAGUACCGGGGUAAUAUUUGGAAUGCUUAUCGCACUACCCAUCACGCUUGUUUACUACAUUCUGCUCGGGUUAUAA